GGGCGAAGCCGCGGCCUCUGGAGCGGAAGUGUGGUGCUGUUGAGGCGGCCGUGUCUUGCUUGAGGGGUUCUCCUCAGCGGCUCGCAAAGGUGCUUCUUCGCUGGCGUGCUUUGACGGCGUCGCUUGCUGGACCAGACCUGCUCAAAGUAAGGACUUGAGAAAUACUGGGAACCUAUCUGACUCCAAACUCUUCGGAAAGUCACAGGAUGAGUAACCAAUGGGCAUGAGAGAUUGAGGACAUUUGAUUGCCCUGCAAACCUUGGUACAGAUUUCCUUUUCUGUAGGUCGGAGCCAAAGAUCAACAAUGAGUACAAGAAAGCGUCGUGGUGGAACAGUAAAUUCUAGACAAGCCCAGAAGCGAACUCGGGAAGCAGCCUCCACCCCCGAAAUUUCUUUGGAAGCAGAACCCAUAGAACUUGUGGAAACUGCUGGAGAUGAAAUUGUAGACCUCACCUGUGAAUCUUUAGAGCCUGUGGUUGUCGACCUGACUCACAAUGACUCUGUCGUGAUUGUUGAUGAAAGAAGGAGACCAAGGAGGAACAUGAGGAGGCUGCGCCAGGACCAUGCUGACAGCUGUGUGGUGAGCAGUGAUGAUGAGGAAUUGUCGAGGGACAGAGACGUGUAUGUGACCACCCAUACUCCCAGAAAUGCCAGGGAUGAGGGAGCCAUAGGACUCAGGCCCUCUGGUACUGUCAGUUGUCCGAUCUGCAUGGAUGGAUACUCAGAGAUUGUGCAAAAUGGACGUCUCAUUGUUUCUACAGAAUGUGGCCAUGUCUUCUGUAGCCAGUGCCUCCGUGAUUCCCUUAAGAAUGCUAACACUUGCCCAACAUGUAGGAAAAAGAUCAACCACAAACGGUACCACCCCAUUUAUAUAUGAAAUGAAAUGUUAAGAACUGCUCAGGAAGAGACCAAUGGACAGACAGACAGCUUGGCUGGGUUCUCUGCAUGGUAUCUGCCUCCAAUUUCCUGAGCUCAAAAAGACUGUUUCAAACUGUCUUCUAUGUAAACCACCCUUUUGUUUUCAACCCCCUAAGAUCCUUUUGCUAUCUCUAGUUCGAUGCUAUGGAGGUAGACCCAGGCCUCCCAGCCAGGCUCUGCAUCUCUGCCUCUCUGGUGUGUUUGGUUCCAGAGUAGGAAAAAAAAGAAAUAAGGCACAUUGGAACUGAGAAUUGUAGUUCCAGCCUCUUUCCAGAACCUGCAAGUUUGCCAAGAAGUUUUCCCUGUUUGGAGAAUUUGCCCCAGCUCUUCCAGGCGCUCUCCUAUUUGUCCCAGGCAUUUACCGGUCAACCAGUUUGCCUGCUUCACAGUGACCAACCAAGCCAGACCUGGUCUGCCCGGCCUGAGGAUCCCAGGUGCAAGAGUGACCCUCCAGGGUUCCAGAAAGACCAACCAGUGGACCUUGUUUUCUUCCCUUGAAAGUCAGAGGUCAUCCGUGAUUCUGCCUGUGUCUUAUCAUUGAUAUGCAGUGAUUUCUGCAAAUUGAGAACCUCUGCAGGGAAUCUCGUUUCCUGAGAAUGAAAAAGUGCAAUAAAGCCCAUUCUUUACCUAUUUUUCAGCAGCCCAGGAGAUGUAGCACUGUUAGUAUCCCCUCAGGGGCCUGAUGUCACCUGUGGAGCACUGCCUGUCCCACCCAUCUUUGUUCACCAACUAUUCUCAGGACCUUACCCAUGCUUCAGAGUUCUUCACCUGGCACAGAACUUGCAAGGUGAACAGGGCAGACGUGUGUUGGAGUGUCCUUUCUCUUUUAUGAUAAAACCUAUCCCAUGUUUGCCACAUG